AUGCAAAAUAGUUCCUUGGACCAUUACAUAUCUGACAGAACAAAAGGGCAAUUGCUAGACUGGUCUAAGCGAUUCAAUAUAAUUACAGGGUUAACAGAGGGCCUUGUUUACCUGCAUAAAGGUUCCAUGUCCUGCCUUGUCCAUAGAGACUUGAAACCACAUAAUAUCCUCUUGGAUUAUAACAUGAGCCCGAAGAUGACUGAUUUUGGAUCAGCUAGGACACUGAGUUCAGACAUAGCAGAAGGGCGCACAAGUAGGGUCGUGGGAACCUGUGGUUACAAAGCUCCAGAGUAUGCCUCUCGAGGAGUUUACUCGACGAAGACAGAUGUGUUCAGCUUUGGCGUUUUGGUUCUGGUGAUUAUUAGUGGCCAAAAGAAUACCAUACUCGACAAGCGAGUGGAUACUGUUGGUGAUCUUGUACGAGAUGCCUGUCAUAUGUGGAAGGACCAAAGGUUGCAUGAGCUUGUGGAUCCGUUGUUAGGGGACAGAUAUGAAGUCGCUGAGAUAACGAGAUGCGCUCAAGUGGCACAGCUUUGUGCCCAGGAAGAUCCAGCAGAUCGGCCCGCCAUGACAGAUGUUGCUGCAAUGCUGAACUCUGAAAGCAUAAGCUUACCAAUGGAGCCUAAGCAGCCUGCUGCGCUGAUCCAUGGGUGUGCCAACAGAGGCACGACAUCGACAUACAUGGGCCAAUCAAGCAGUACAAUAGAAGUAACCAUAACGAGUUCAGCUCCAAUGUAG